AUGCAGAAUCGAUGUGUAAACAUGAUAGCACAUUUAUUUAACGCACCAUUGGGAGAGGAAGAGACUGCAGUUGGAGUUGGAACUGUUGGAUCCUCAGAAGCCAUAAUGCUUGCUGGUUUAGCAUUUAAGAGAAAAUGGCAAAACAAAAUGAAAGCCCAAGGAAAACCCUUUGACAAGCCCAAUAUUGUCACUGGGGCCAAUGUCCAGGUAUGUUGGGAGAAAUUUGCAAGGUAUUUUGAAGUAGAGCUAAAGGAAGUGAAAUUAGAGGAUGGGUACUACGUUAUGGAUCCUGAGAAAGCUGUAGAAAUGGUGGAUGAGAACACUAUUUGUGUAGCUGCUAUCUUGGGUUCCACCCUUAAUGGAGAAUUUGAAGAUGUUAAACGUUUGAAUGAUCUCUUGGUCGAGAAGAACAAAGAAACUGGGUGGGACACUCCAAUCCAUGUGGAUGCAGCAAGUGGUGGAUUCAUUGCCCCAUUCCUAUAUCCAGAACUUGAAUGGGAUUUCAGAUUACCAUUAGUAAAAAGUAUUAAUGUAAGUGGUCACAAAUAUGGUCUUGUUUAUGCUGGUAUUGGUUGGGUUAUUUGGAGGAACAAAGAAGAUUUACCUGAAGAGCUUAUUUUCCACAUUAAUUAUCUUGGUGCUGAUCAACCUACCUUCACCCUUAACUUCUCUAAAGGUUCUAGUCAAGUAAUUGCUCAAUAUUAUCAACUUAUUCGCUUAGGCUAUGAGGGAUACAGGAAUAUUAUGGAGAAUUGUCAAGAAAAUGCGAGGGUACUCAAAGAAGGACUUGAAAAGACAGGAAAAUUCAACAUAGUUUCCAAAGAAAUUGGAGUUCCAUUAGUAGCAUUCUCCCUCAAAGACAACAGCAAACACAACGAAUUCGAGGUUUCGGACCAUCUUAGGAGGUUCGGAUGGAUUGUGCCAGCAUACACAAUGCCACCAAAUGCUGAGCACGUGACCGUGCUCAGGGUUGUGAUCCGGGAAGAUUUCUCCCGGACACUAGCUGAGAGGCUCGUGGCGGACAUUGAAAAAGUCCUCCACGAGCUCGACUCGCUCCCGGCCAGAGUCUCAGCUAAGUUGGCUGCGGCUGAGGAGAGUAGCAGUGGAGUGCAUAAGAAAUCGGCAAUGGAAGUUCAAUUGGAGAUCACUAAUGUAUGGAAGAAGUUUGUUGCCGAAAAGAAGAAGACAAAAAAUGUAAUAUGUUAAAAGAGUUUAAGAAGAACAAAGGGGACUUUGAUUUUUCAUUUGAUUUCUUGAGCUUUUUGAGUAUUUUAGUACAAAUGUAAUUUUGAAGGA